AGUUUUGUGCGGCUUUCGUUGAUUUAUGUCCGCGAUUAAAGGAAACACAGCAACAGCAGAAAAGUCAGAAAAGCAGCGACAGAAUACGAUAAUAAAUAAAUCCGAGGAGAAAUAUGUGCCACAAGGCUGCACCCCACCCUUGCCCCAAGUGAAUAAACCCCCCGCCCCCAGUGAGAUACCUAUGAAUGCAAAUCAAGCGAAAAACAAAGCCACAAGGCAACAGCUGAUAAAACGCCAGAGAUAAGCAAAACAAGGAUAAAUCCCCACCAUGGAUAAACCCAAUCAGAUGCCCAUGGAGCUAGAGAGGCCCAUCAGCCGGACGCCGCUAACGCAGAUCUCCUAUCUGCAGAAGAUUCCCACCCUGCCGCGCCACUUCUCGCCCAGCGGAUGCCCCCAGGGCCUGCCCCCGCCGCCGGCCUUGGCUGGCUGUGGAUCCGCCUUGGGUCUGCCCAGCAGCUCCUCGGCCAGCGCUCUGUAUGCUGCCCAGAAUGCGGGCAUGCUGCCCACCUCCCCACUGCCCCUGCAACGCCACCAGCAGUACUUGCCACCCCAUCAUCAGCAGUUGCCGCCGCUGGGCGCAGGACCAGGCCAAGGCCAAGGCCACGGACUCGCUCUCGGACCGGGAGGAGCUGGUCUCCCGCAGUAUUCGCCCGCUGUUUCGGGCUGCUCCUCGACCGCCAAGUACUCGAACGCCCAGCUUCCUCCGCACCACCACCAGCUGUCGCCAGCGCUGUCCACCCCGUCGCCGCCAUCGCUGCUCCAUCAUCCCGCCGCGGGAACGUCCGCCUCGGCACACGCUCCCUUCCUGGCCGGCCCCCACAUGGACAUGCAGCGGCAGUCGCAUUCUGACGACGACAGCGGAUGUGCUCUGGAGGAGUACACAUGGGUGCCACCUGGACUGCGACCCGAUCAGGUCCGCUUAUAUUUCUCGCAAAUACCCGACGACAAAGUGCCAUACGUUAACAGUCCGGGGGAGCAGUAUCGUGUGCGACAAUUGCUGCAUCAACUUCCGCCGCAUGAUAACGAGGUUCGUUACUGUCACUCACUGACGGAUGAGGAGCGCAAGGAGCUGCGCCUCUUCUCCACGCAGCGCAAGCGCGAUGCCCUCGGACGCGGCAACGUCCGACAGCUGAUGAGUGCCCGGCCAUGCGACGGCUGCGACGAACUAAUCUCCACGGGGGACAUUGCCGUGUUCGCGACGCGCCUCGGUCCCAAUGCCAGCUGGCAUCCGGCCUGUUUCACGUGCUGCAUCUGCCGCGAACUGCUGGUGGACCUCAUCUACUUCCACCGCGAUGGACGCAUGUAUUGCGGGCGCCACCACGCGGAGACCCUCAAGCCCCGCUGCUCGGCCUGCGAUGAGAUCAUCCUGGCCGACGAGUGCACGGAGGCCGAAGGACGGGCCUGGCACAUGAACCACUUCGCCUGCCACGAGUGCGACAAGCAGCUCGGCGGUCAGCGGUACAUCAUGCGGGAGGGCAAGCCCUACUGCCUCCACUGCUUCGACGCGAUGUUCGCGGAGUACUGCGACUACUGCGGGGAGGCCAUUGGCGUCGAUCAGGGGCAGAUGAGCCACGACGGCCAGCACUGGCAUGCCACCGACGAGUGCUUCUCGUGCAACACGUGCCGCUGCUCGCUGCUCGGACGCGCCUUCCUGCCCCGCCGUGGGGCCAUCUACUGCUCCAUCGCCUGCAGCAAGGGGGAACCACCGACGCCGUCCGACAGCUCUGGCACCGGCAUGUACACCACCCCCACCCCGCCCACGCAACGGGUGCGUCCCCAGACGCGCAUCACCAGCAGCCACGCCUCCAGCUCGCCGCCCAUGUCGCCGCAGCAGCAGCAGCAGCACCAGGCGAGCUUUAACCAGGCCAUGUACCAGCUCCAGACUCAACAGCUGGAGGCGGCCGGAGGACCAGUGGUCGGCGGCAGUCUGAUGGGACUGGGCGGGGAACUGUCAUUGCUGGAACAGGCCAAGCAGAGCCAGAGCCAGAGCUACGCCACGUCCGACUCGGACGCGGGUGUGGUCAAGGAUCUGGAGCACUGCAGGAGCGGCGACCAUGCGGGCGGCGGGGACUUCACCGACUUCUCCGGCGGGCGAACCUCCAGCACCUCGCAUAACAUGUCGCCCAUGAAUUCUCCCGGAGACUUCCAGCCGCACCUGAUGCCGAAGCCCAUGGAGCUGCAGCGCGAUGGCGUCUACAACUUCAACGAGAUGUCCUCGAAUCUGGACACAGCCUGGCCGGCUAAGCCCCCGCUGGGAGCCACCCACAGCUACCAGCUGCAGCGGCAGCUGAUGGAGAACCAGCACACCUCCAGCAUGCCAGAGCUGGCGGGGAAGGGUCCAAUGCUGCAGCACCAGAUGGCGGCCCACUUUGGUCAGCAGCCGGCGCUUCAUUCCUCCGCCCAGCAGUUCCAGCACGAGUACGCGGACAUCAUGCACCCACCGCCCCCGCCCCCCGAAAGGGGUGCCGUAGGAGAGGUGCCUGAGCUUCCGACGCCCAACCUGAGCGUCGCCUCUACGGCCCUGCCCCCAGAGCUUAUGGGCUCGCCCACACACUCCGCCGGUGAUCGCUCCCUAAACACGCCCCUGUCGGCGCACUCGGCCACGCACGGCCCCACGCACCCCGUGUCCAUCCUGAGCGGGGCCUCCUCCUCCCCCAUGAGCGGAGAGCCGGCCAAGAAGAAGGGCGUCCGCUUCGAGGGAAUACCGGACACAUUACCCCGCUCCCGCAGCUACUCCGGCAAUGGAGCUGGCACGAGCGGGGGAGGCGACAAGGAUCGCGAUCGGGAUCGGGAGAGGGACAGAGACAGAGACAAGGGGGGGGAUAAGGAUAGAGAGAGUGGUCGCCAUGGGCCUGGACAUUCCUCGAGGCGUAGACGUCGCCGCAAGUCCACCUCCUCCACCUCGUCCGGAAACCACCAUCGCAGUGGCAGCGGCCACAGGUCGCACUCCACCACCCGAGCAGACACCUAUGCCCCCGCCCAGCCGUUGUCCUCCUCCUACCAGGGCCCACCCUCCGUCCUGCAGGCGGACAGCGAAACCGCCCACAAGUCGCCGCGCCAGCAGAGAGAACGGGAGCGCGAGGAGUCGGCAGAGGAGUCGGACGUAUGCUCCACGUGCUCCUCAAGCUCCUCCAGCUCCGAGGACUACAUGAUGAUGUACCAGCUGCCGCAACGGCGGCACUAUGGCGGGGUGCGUGUCAGCUACGUGCCCAACGAUGCGCUGGCAUACGAUCGGAAGAGGAAGCCCGCCGAGAUGGCCGGCGACAAGGACAAGAACUGCAUCAUCUCGUGAUGCUGCCGAACCCGAGGCCAUUUUAAUUAGAGCUGAUUGCCGAGGACUAGGUCCAGGUGGAGGUGAAGGCGAAGGCGCAGGCGCAACAGAGAGCAGGCGAAGCGUGGCAAGGAGGUUAUUAAUGAGGCGCCCUGGGCACUCCACUCCGAUUCGAGCUGAAUGCCGACGCUAACGAAGUAGCCACAGACCCUGCGAGGGAUCAUCAAUUGUCCAGACCAGACCAGACCAGAACGGAAUGGAACGGAACGGAGGCAAGAACUCAAGAAAGCAAAGCAAAGUUCAACUUGACAUUAAGGCACACAGAGAAACAUAUGCAACUCUAUUAGAGGACGAAACCAUACAAUAAGAGCCAGCCAAGUGGGCUCAACACUGUUCCAAAUACACAUCCCUAGAUAAGCGAAAAGAUUAAGAUCAUCUUGAAAACUAUUUUUAUAUAUUUUAUGCAUAUUUUGGAGAUAAGCCUAUUUAUACAUAUGUACAUCCAGAAAGUAAGAGAGAUAUAUAAUUAAUUGUAUUUAUUGCAUCCACUACAUAUAGUACGCGUAUAUUUACUAAAUGCGAUGUGGCAUCUUCGGAGCCGAUGCUACACGAUUGGGCUAAUGAUAAAUGUAUUAAAAUAAUUCUACUUUAAGCCAAUAAAUUGUAUUGCAUUCUCUUGAAUAAAGAGUUCAAAGAAGGUA